AUGGUGUUCCUGAUCGAUGUUCUUUCUCUUCUUGAACCAGUGGGCGAUGAGGACAAUGACGUUUAUCAUGGAGAUACUUUUGAUCAUCUACGUAAUCACGGUGAUAAGUUGACAAUGAAAGCGAUAGUGAUGUAUCAAAUUCAUGAUGUUGCUGAUAUACUCCAGCCGAUGCUUAAAUCUGAUGUUGAUAACUACUUAGGAAGUUCUAUCAACCCUAGUGAGAGAACAUAUCCAGAAGAAAUGAUCCAGACUGGUAUCUCCACAAUUGAUGUGAUGAAUUCAAUUGCUAGAGGACAAAAGAUUCCUUUAUUUUCUGCCGUUGGUCUUCCUCACAAUGAGAUUGCUGCUCAAAUCUGUCGUCAAGCUGGUUUAAUCAAGUGA